AUUGUUCGAUCACCGUACUUGCCCUUAUUUUAAUGGCCUGAAACAGAAGGGCCUCUUUAGAAGGACUAGAAGCUAAAAUGAAAAUACACAACCCAGCAUUUUGACAUACACUUGUCUCUCUUUUUUCCUCCUUUCUUUGGAAUUUAAAGCUUUCUCCCCUUCCCCUUCCUAUCAUGUAUCUCUCUUUCUGCGCUCUGUGCUCUGUCUCCCCUUUCAUGUGGUUACCUUUAUUUUAUUACCUUGUUCCAAAAUCCUUUUUUUCAUAGCACUACUUUCUCCAGACUAUCUAGCCUUUGUUACAUUUCUGACAAGCAUCCUAUUUUUUCCCCUUCCUAUCAUCAAACUUUUAUCUUCUCCCUUUCUCCUAGCCCUUUCAUUGUUCGGAUCGGUGAUACAUUCAAUUGUAUAUAAAGACGGAAAAGUUAGUUUUCUUUUUUUUAAAUACAUCUUUCAUUCUUACUCUUCUUUUUAUUCAAACAACAACAACAAGAAAGCAACAAUGACUCCUGAUAUGUUAAUGCAACCGUUUGAGCAAUCAUUUACAGUUGUACCAGUAAACCAUGAAUACUUUAACAAUGACAACAUCAUGAUGAUGAAUCAAGAGAGCUAUAUUUUGGGAUACAGCGUGCCUGUUGAAAAUCUUGACUUCCGUCCAACAUUUUACAAUCCAUUUGAAAUUAAGCACAGGCGUCGUACUUCCCGUGCUCAACUCAAGAUUCUUGAAAAAUCCUUUUCAGAGAACCCCAAGCCCAAUGCGACCGUACGUCGAAUUCUUGCUCAACAGUUAGACAUGACGCCUCGAGGUGUACAGAUCUGGUUCCAGAACCGUCGAGCCAAGGCCAAGUUGUUGAGACGCAAGUCUGCUCGGACCGAAUCCUCUGAUGCUUCUUCUGCCACGCCUUCGUCUCUUCCCACUCCUCCUCAAGAAAAGUCACGAUCUCCUACGAGUUAUCCUCAGGUGUUGAACAACGUGAAUGCAAGAUCUGUUGCCACUGCUGCUGCUGCCUCUUGUAUCUUUGAUGCUUCCAAGUGCGCUUCUUCUAGUAACUGCAAGAAGGAAGAUAGUACUGGAUACCUUUCUCAAUGCCAACAUACAGACAAAUUGGCCAAAUUGCCUUUGCAUCCUCUUGGUUCUGAAGGCUCAAGAGAGCUUGAGUAUCCUGUUAUGAAUGAUGAAUGGCGGCGAAAGUCAUGUCCUUCCCUUGGUUCUCAGUGUUCAUACAAACAAGACUAUGAACAAGCAAUGUGGUCUCCCGAGUACACCGAUUACCAACAAAUGAACACAAGACGCAUGACAGCAGAGGAUAUCUACCAGAACAGAUACAUCCCAUCCUUUGCGCUCUCAAGAAGUCCUAUGCAUGGUUAUAAUGAAUACAAUAAUACUUCACCAUCCACAGACUUUUUCCACGCAUUCAAUCACUCACCCAUCUCUCAGCAAAUGACACCUAAACUCUCCACUGGCUCCCCUAUUUCGGUUGAAGGCGGCUACUAUGACUCCUGUCUUGAUUUAAUAUUAUCGUCCUCACCCUCACCAGCUCCUAUGCUAUAGGCCAC